AUGAUCCGCGCCGCUCCCAGCGGGCGCCACGGCGAUGCCCGCCCGGCCACUGCCGCUGGUGGCUCCAAUAAUGGCGACUGCCCGGCCAUUCACAGCCACCUAUGGCACGGCAGCGCAGCGCCAUCCAGCUGCUGGAGGGGGCGCGCCAAAGGCACUGGGGUGCUUGCACUCGGCUCGUCCUCGCACACCCACGGCCAAUACUUUCAGCUGCAGCUGGCUAGGCAGGGGCUGAGCUUCUUGCUAAAGGAAGUGAAAGUGACAGAAACCAAGAUAUUUAGAGAAAUCGGUCCGCCGACACAGUGUCUUAAUAGAUAUGGGGCUUCAGAGCGGGCGAUGAUUGGUCGGUGUAUUAGGUGGGACAUCGGCGUCGGCAAGCCAGAGUCCGUGGACCAAUCUGCGUCCCCGCACGCAUCGGCAUCCAGCACGCCGCCGUCCGCUAGUGCUGAUGUCUCGUUGAUAUGA